AUGAUUUCCAUUUCUCCCAACUCCUUUCAUCCACAGGUUCCGUCGUCUCUGUCCACUGUCAGAGACGGCUGGUUUCUGAACUUGUCCUCGUGUGUUAUCCCUCACAAUGUUCAAUGUUUCCUGCAACUGGGUGACAACUUCGCGCUCCCCCUUACCAAUAAGAACAGGAUCAUUUUUGAUUGCAUCAAAGGGAUUGAGAGUGGCACACUAAGAAUGCCCUUAGAUAGGAGAAUGGAUGUGAUUAACCAAUCCAUUCCCAUCAUGAAAAACAUCGUCUCGUCUCCGGUCUUCACUUCUGACAUUCACAAGUGUUUGGCUGUAUUAGAGUCGGACACACGAUCGUUUUUGACGGCGCAUCCCAACGUCGUGUUUACGCUUGCGGAUAAAAGCAACGUCACUGUGGCUAUGGAUAGGGACGUUUACAGCGACAGAAUGACCGAGUUAUUGGGCGACUCAGACACGUAUGUCCCGAUUAAAAGAGAUCCGACCAAAAAGCUUACGUCAGCCUUGAGGUCUAUGCUCACUGGAUGGAAGACCAGAGGUCACAUCAAGGAUUCUGAGUACAAAGCUUUGUACUGCAGUGACGAUUCUCUUCCGAGGGCUUAUGGGCUGCCAAAGAUUCACAAGCCUGAUUGUCCUCUUAGAAUUAUAGUGUCAUCGGUGGGCAGUCCGCUACAUUCUUUGGCUACGUUUUUACACAAGAAAUUAUUUAAAACCAUCCCGAGAGCUGACAGUUAUAUGAAAAACAGUUUUGAACUGGUUGAGAGGCUGAGGGAUGUGCACUUUACGGGGACACAUGAGUUGACGUCUUUGGACGUUACCUCUCUGUUCACGAACGUGCCAACGAAUGUAGCGAUCGACUGUGUUAACGAACAUUGGCCAACGGUUUCCGGGGAUUGCUCUCUACCCAAGAAAGAAUUUUUGGGAGCGAUACGGCAGAGCUUUGACACCCCCAUGGGCUCUCCAAUAUCACCGGUGAUAGCGGACUUAGUGUUGAGGAGAUUGGAGACGGUGUCCUUGAUGUCU